GACCCCGCCCCCGAGGCCUUAGCUGUGGCUCCUGGGCCUCCUCGGGCUGCUGCCUCCUCCUUCCCCACCUCCUCUGUCCCGGGAGAGACCGCGGGGCCCGAGGGGCGGUGGCGGCGGCGGCAGCGCUAUGGAGCCCGGGCCGGGUGACCGAGCCGCAGCGCGCGGACAGCGGUCCCCGAGCGCCGCGCAGCCCCGGGAACAGGAGCGGAAGCUGGAGCAGGAGAAGCUGUCCGGGGUGGUGAAGAGCGUCCACCGGCGGCUCCGCAAGAAGUACCGCGAAGUGGGAGACUUUGAUAAGAUCUGGCGAGAACACUGUGAAGAUGCGGAAACUCUUUGUGAAUAUGCUGUUGCAAUGAAAAAUUUAGCAGAUAAUCACUGGGCAAAAACUUGUGAGGGUGAAGGUCGCAUUGAAUGGUGUUGUAGUGUAUGCAGAGAGUAUUUCCAAAAUGGUGGGAAGAGAAAAGCACUUGAGAAAGAUGAAAAACGAGCUGUCCUUGCCACUAAGACCACUCCAGCCUUAAACGUGCAUGAGUCUUCUAAACUUGAAGGUCCUUUAACAAACCUCAGCUUUACAAGCCCUGAAUUUAUAACUGAGUUGCUUCAAGCCUCAGGAAAGAUCAGAUUACUUGAUGUUGGCAGCUGCUUUAAUCCAUUUUUGAAGUUUGAAGAAUUUCUAACUGUUGGCAUAGAUAUUGUACCUGCUGUAGAGAGUGUGUAUAAGUGUGACUUCCUGAACUUGCAGCUUCAGCAGCCACUCCAGCUUGCACAGGAUGCUAUAGACGCUUUUCUGAAGCAGCUGAGAAACCCUAUUGACUCUCUUCCGGGAGAACUUUUCCAUGUGGUUGUUUUCUCUCUCCUUCUUUCCUAUUUUCCAUCACCCUACCAGCGAUGGAUUUGCUGCAAGAAAGCCCAUGAGCUGUUAGUGCUGAACGGCUUAUUGCUCAUCAUCACUCCUGAUUCCUCCCAUCAGAACCGGCACGCUAUGAUGAUGAAGAGCUGGAAGAUUGCUAUAGAAUCCCUGGGCUUUAAGCGCUUCAAGUAUUCAAAAUUUUCUCAUAUGCAUCUCAUGGCUUUUAGAAAAACCUCCCUUAAAACUACAAGUGACUUGGUUAGUAGGAACUAUCCAGGGAUGUUAUAUAUUCCUCAAGAUUUCAACAGUGUAGAAGAUGAGGAGUAUUCUAACACUUCCUGCUAUGUCCGAUCAGAUCUAGAAGAUGAACAACUAGCAUACGGUUUCACAGAGCUCCCUGAUGCUCCCUAUGAUUCAGAUUCUGGAGAAAGUCAAGCCAGCUCUAUUCCAUUUUAUGAGUUAGAGGAUCCCAUCUUACUUUUAAGCUAAUGUAAAAGCAAAAAGCCCUUCCAUUCCAGAUUCCUAAACUAAAUGCUUACACUAAUCAGAAUACUAACAUGAACUCAGUAUUUAAAGCCUGGUUUGCAUAGAAGAAAUGCAAACGUUUAUAGAGUUUGCUAUUUUUUCUACUUCUGGAUUUCAAAAUUUAUUCUUAUAUAGGAAGCUUAAAGUUUCAUGCAGGGUGACUUCUGUCUUAGCAGAAACCACUGUUACUUUAGCAUUUUGCAUUAAGAUUAAAAAGGUACCUUUUUUCUCUUUAGUGCUGUUGUAAAGCCUAAUUUACUAUGUAUUUCCCUAUUCAGUUUAGUGUUGACUUUACACCCUUGUCAUGAGGAACCUUAAGAUGUGUAGAAAGCUGUAGAUUGCACUUUGAUGACUCAAGUUGAAUAUUCACACAUAGUUUGGUGUAGUUGUUUGUGGUGCACUUGUCUUUUUCUUUAAAUUGUUACCUUUUACAGAAAACAGUUUCCACUCAGUUUCAUCUUAUGAUCUAGUAUUCCUGAACUUUUUGAAAUUGGUGACAAAUUUUUAUAUUAAGCUCAUUCGGAAACAUUAGACAUUAGAAAAGUUAUUUCUCGAAGAAUGUAUUCUAAUUAACACAGUCCAGCAAACACCAUUGCCGAAAUAGUAUUUCUGUGAUGUUCUUACUGAUACAGGCUUUGGUGUUCAGUAUAUUUACUUGUGAAAGCUAAUUUUUUUUUUAAAAAACUUAGACUGCAUUUACAGAAUGUUCUGUUUAAGCAAGAAGCAAUGGCUAAUACUCAAUACUGACCUGGAACCCCUUUGUGAAAGGGUUUGCACUUGUAAAAGUUUAUAUUCUGCUGUGACCAACCCUGAUAGGGUCCUCACCUGUCCUUUACGGCGGUGCUGCACUAUAAGUUCAAACCUUUUUUGAAAUUAACCCUCUACUGAUAAUCUCAUAAAAUGGUCUUGACCUUUUGUUAUCCUAAUUCUUUCUAAGCCCUAGCAGAAAAUUUUCUUUGACUAUAUAAACAAUUAGUUGGCUGUGGGAAAUUUCCCCUUUCCACGUUGAUAAAUGCCUUUCUGUGUUUCUGAAUCAGAAGCAAAUGAUUAACUAGAAAUAUAUGUCCAAGACAAGUUUAAACAGUUAAGAACAUUUAGUCCACAUUGUCUUGUCAGCCAGCAAUUGUCAUGUGUCAUGUAAACUAUCAUUUUAAAGAGUGCCACUGUGUGGAUUUUUUUCGAGUGGUUAUUACAUUAAAAUUACCUCAUACUGAGGUUUUUG